AAAUGGCCGAGAACUAUUCCAGUAGUCGUUUCCCCUCGUAUUUUGGGCUUCGUUCCCCUAGCCAAUAAUACUACUCUCUGUAUCGUCCUUCAGAUCCGUGGUCGCACAGCUGAUACCAAAGUGACGUCAGUAAAACAAAGCCAUGCGCGGUCGAUCGCAGCCGCGAGGCAAACCGAACCGACCGAGCCGUCUCGCGAACAAACAUUGGGCGUCCGCGAAACAGUGAGGUCCGUUUAGCAAGAUUUCUCGGCCAGAGGUACGGUUUGCGUGCGCGGGUACGCUCGACUCGCGUCUUCCUCGCAAAGGAUGCCGUUCAUAUCGAAAGAUUGGCGCAGUCCUGGCGAGGAAUGGGUCAAGACCGUCGAGGGCUGGGAAAAGAAGAAAAUCCUUGAGUGCGCAAACAAUAAAACGCUUUCUCUCCUCCUUCGCGCCGACAAGGAUGCCCUCGACAAGAAGGAAAAGGACAAAAAGAAAGAAAACGUCGUCCAGCCGCAUUGCCACAUCACGCUGAAGUGCACGCGCGAGAUCGCCGGCUUCAACGGUUUAAGCGAUGCAUUGAAGAGGCUCGAUUUUCUAUCCGCGGUUCACGAUUGCCGCCGUUUCAAUUAUAUUGUGCGACUGCUGGACCUUCUGGUCAGUCACAGAAUGGGCGGACUAAGCGGAUGCGCUCAGCGAGUUCUCUUCAAUAUGCUGGAAGAAGUCGCGUUGGAAGUAUCGUUGUCUCAGCAACAAACUGGAAGGCUUCGUCGGCUGAUUGAAAGAGUGCGAGCUUUCAGCGCGGGAUGCUGCUGGGGUGGCAGACCCUUGGGCUCCGUGAUCUUGUGGGAAAAACACAAAGCAGCUUUGGAGAGAAUCUUGCAAAUUGCAUCGUCCAUCACUAUAACGCAGCCUGACGAAGAACAACAGCCACAAUGGUCUGAUUUGCCUGCCGAAUGCCGUCGAGAGGUGCUUCUUCGACUGAGCGAUCCACGUGAUAUCGAAGCUUCUUCGGAGGCUUGCGAACAUCUCGCCGUCCUGGCUCAAGAACAAAGAAUCUGGCGCGAGCUUGCCCAGUAUCAUUUCACGCCUCAGCAAAUAGCCACCACCAGACAAAACAAUCCUGGAAAAGACUGGAAGACUAUAUUUACCGUUGCUCGAAGAUCGUUCGGACUACGAGAAGAAUACGCAGAGAUGAUCCAACUGUGCCGCAAUUGCCGUUGCUUGUUUUGGCGGUCGUUGGGCCAUCCUUGUAUCGCGGAUCAAGAUCCAGCGUUUCAGGAGAAACUGGCAGACGUCGAUCAAGCCUCUCUUCACGUUCCGAUCCCUCCGCAAACCUUCCUCAAAUUCUUUUCGCUGUAAACGACACGUACAAUCGAGAUCGUUCGAAACGAGGGAACCAGAGGUAUUGCGCGAAAAGCGCAAGCAAAUGCAACCGAAACGGAAGAUCGACCGCUCUCUAAUAAAGAUAGAGAGUCCCUAUACGUCGACUGUAAGUACGUAUACGCGCGCACGAGCACGCACUAUUCAAGUAGAAAUGAGAUAGAGGUGUUUACAAGGUGUUUACUCCUCGCUUAGAGAUUCCAACAUUAUCGUUGAAACAAAAAUAUCUUUAACGCGGGUUACUGUAAACAUGUAUACGUGUACAUAACACGUACGUACACUUGAUCAAUAUUUUUUCGAGUGAUCAAAUUCCAGUAAUUACGGGUAGUCCAUUUGUUUCUCUUUAACCCAGAAAAGGCUGAUUUUUUUUUUCUUUUUUUAAUACUUUACCACGAAUAGAUUAGGAAUAACACAUUUAAGUGGAAAGGAAAUGACCCUAAAACGAUCCUUCCUUCUAGAAGGACAUCAGCCUAAUGUAUCUAAUAUAAAAACAGAGUAACGAUACAUUUAAACACUUUAUUCAAGACAAAUUUGCGAUCCUUCUGGAAGAACGUCAUGCGUGACUGGUUUGAUAUCCUCGUCGGAGGUACGUGAGGAUGGUAAACCAAUUGUUGUAUUCCCAUGUUGUUUGCUAAUUACGACGCUAAGAAACAGAGGCUUAACGUGUAACGAUAUUUAGAAUCGAAUUUACGAUACAUUGUCCGAGAAUUUUACUACACGGUAAAAUUAUGAAAAUUUCUGAAUCGUGCUGUGGGAUUAACGAUUACCAAAACAACCUUUGUGAAUGAUGAGAAUUCACGAAUUGUUGCUAUUGUUCUCUUUACUGUAUUUUUACGCGACAGAACAAAUGUAACGUAUACUCUCGCGUCUACCGCGCUACAAAGUUAAAUCAGUUUUCGUUGGAAGCUUUUCUUUCAGCGUACGGACUACGAUGAAUUCGUCUUCUACGACUUGCCCAAAUGGCGUCAGUCGGCAAAAGUAACGGACGUUGAUUUCGUCGAAACGAUCGCGAAAUCUCAUAACUGUAGAUCUAGAUCGAUGGUGUGUAUGCGAAAUGCGAUUGGUGCUGGUCGAAAAAUAUUUAUCGAAGUAUUCUUCAUGGUACACGCGAUCGACUUUGUAAACGCCACCGCUCGCGGGCGUUGCUUCGUCGUUGCUUUCAGCAGCCGCUGUACCGGCAUUUCAUUUCCAUUUAGGUGAAUUUAGUUUUUAGAAUUUGCAUUUACUUAGCGCGAUUAUUGAAGUUCUUCUUCAAGCGUUCAUCACGAUUUCUUGUAUGUCGGUUUUUUAUACGUAUAUUCUGUGCGCAUAUGUUUUGCAUGGAUGUUUACAUUCUCUGCCCCCACGCCUCCCCACACACGCGGGGUAAAGAUUGUAAAAAAAAACCAUUUUUAAAACGAUGCAUACCAGAGCCUCGAAACGAUCGAGUGUAAUACGAAAAGAAAGCAAGCAAGGCCAAUGAUUAUUCAUUGUAAUCAGAGAUAGACAAAAUUCUCAUCUAGAUAAACACGUUUCAAAUAACGAGUUAAAGGUAAACAACUUUUGAUUCGUUAUUUCUUUAGUAAAAAUUAUAAUCUGCGAGUUUCUAUUUGUCAUAUACUGUUCGAAUAAAAUUCUGUCCAUCUCCAGCUCCAGGCAGAUUUUGACAAAUUCUCUUGCAAUUUACGGAUACAGGGUAACAUCUACAAUCGAAGUCGUCUGUGAAAUAAACGCAAGCGUAUAUUUCGUUGUUAAGCUCUGUAUGCUCGUUGGAGGGGGAAAAAAGCUCCUAUUUACGAUGCUUAGUAUACAUUUCUUGUACGUACUCGUUUAGCACUAAUGUCAGAUUUACAAAGGUUUCAUAAAUACAUAGAGAUCGAUAAUUAAUUUGAAACGCUGAAAAAUCAUACUGCCAAAAUGGAUGCUAUUGCAUUUACGCGAAUCGAAGCGUUUAUUUUGUAAAUUCCGUUUAAAUCGACGCAGCAUAGUUCUUUUGAUAUUUGCUUUUUUUCUUAAUGGCAACGAUUGCAAUCGUUGCACACAUAUACAGUACACGUGUACUUCGCUAAUCUGACAGAUUAGUAUAAAAGGACGACCAAAAGCGAUGUACGUGUAACGUUCUUUGGUGUGAGAGUGCAAUACGAGCUAUAUGUGCGGGUGUAAAAUUUUAGCAGCUCAUCGUACGUUUUACGAUUUAAUUCACCGACCUGUGUAAACUGCGCUCCUCGGGUGACCUUGAAUCGACAUUAUUUUACUUACGUAAACAAAUGUAGAGCAGCGUUGUGUAAAAUGCUUUGAAAUAAAAGAUCUAUUUGCGUGUGUGUAUAUAUAUAUAUAUAUAUUAAACUUUUUAAUACAUAUAUUGAAAUUUAUAAUACGUUCAUUAUAAUAUUUUCAAUGUAUAUAUUAAUAUUUAUUUUAAUAUGUAUAUAUAUAUUUACUUGUACAUAUUGAUGUACAUAAUGAACAUUUUAAUCUUUUAAAUUUCCCUUUA